AUGGAUAACGUGGACGAAACCGAAGUUUUAAUUCAAGUAGUGUCUAAUUACAAAUUUCUUUAUGAUAAGUCAUCGGAAAAUUUCAAAAACAGAUACGCAAAGAAGCAGGCGUGGUUUGAAAUUGCACGAGAAGUGCAAAAUGUAACAAACAUUGAAAUUACCAAUGACAGAGCAAAAAGAAUUUGGAAGAAAUUAAAAGAAGAUUAUACUACAGAACGCAGAAAAAUAAUGACUUAUGUUGCAUCCGGUUCUGCUGCCACUGAAGAAAGCAGUGGAAAAAAAAGUCAUUAUUACGAUUCCCUUCAAUUUCUUCAAGUUCACGUCGAGCACCGCGUAACAAGAAGCAAUAUAAAGAGGUCACAACCACAGAAAAAAUCUUACGAUGUAUCGAACAGCGAAAGCUCUAGUGAUGAAUCAUUGAAAUUAGGAAGCUGUGAAAAUCUAAUGGAAGAGGACUUGGAUGGCCCAUCUAUAAACGCUGCUGAUGCCCCAUCAGUAGACACUCGUACCAUCGACUACUUGGCGGAGAUGAAACGAGCUUGGGAUAGAAUCCCACAUAAAUAUCAACGCAAAUGUUUCUACAUUAUUGAGGAAAUAAUUGAACAUAAACUGAAACAUUAA